CGCAGAUGCUGGACCUGGUGGUGCUGGCGCAGUUCCUGGCCGCGCUGCCCGCCGAGAUGCAGAGCUGGGUGCGCGGCUGCGGGCCGGAGAGCAGCUCCCAGGCGGUGGCCCUGGCCGAGGGCUUCCUGCUGAGCCAGGCGGACGAGGAGAAGCAGGGCACGGCACAGGUGCUGCCGCUUGGGAAGAUCUCACAGGAGCAGCGAAUUCCCGACAUGUCCCCAGGGAAUGAAAUGAUAUCAACCAGUCCCUCUAAACCAGCUUCUCUGUAUGGUGGAGCCGAAUCCGUCUCUGUGCAGCCAACUCAGGGCCCCGUCUCCUUCGAGGAGGUGGCAGUGUACUUUACCAAUGAGGAGUGGGCCCUGCUCUGUGCUGCCCAGAAGUCGCUGCACCGGGAAGUCAUGCUGGAGAACUCCAGGACCGUGGCCUCACUGGGUGAGGGUGCAGAAGCUCUUCUGCAUUGUAGAAGCUCUGGCUACAUUCCAUGCAGUUAUGGGAUUUCUCUGCUCUGUGCAUCUUUUGAAGGGACGCAAGGUGAUGGGUGGAAGCACCACAGUGGUGAUGGACCAUGUGAGGCAUUAGCAGAAUGGGACAAGUUGCAAGGGAUGGAGGAACUCUUCCAAAACCAAGAGGGACCAAAGGAGCAGGAGGGAAACCAGGCGGAAGAUGCAAGGGAUCAGUUUCACCCAAGGGAUAACUUCCACAGAAUUCAGUUUCAGGAAAAGCCACAAGAAAAGCAAAGGAAUGUCUGCCCAGUAGGUGAGGAAAUCUUCAGCCAUAAAUCAGACCUUAGUGUGCAUAGGAGAAUCCAGACGAGUCAGAAGCAGCACAAAUGUUUGGAGUGUGGGCGGAGCUUCAGUCAGGGCUCCAGUCUUGCUUCGCAUCAGAGCAUCCACACGGGAGAGAGACCCUAUAAAUGCUUGGAGUGUGGAAAGAGCUUCAGGCAGCUGGCAUACCUCACCUCACAUCAAAGAAUCCACACUGGGGAGAAACCCUAUAAGUGCUCAGAGUGUGGAAAGAGCUUCAACAGGAGCACAAACCUCACUUGCCAUCUAAGAAAACACACAGGGGAGAAACCUUAUAACUGCUCGAUCUGUAACAGGAGCUUUUGUGACAAAUCUGGCUUUAAUAUCCAUCAGCUAAUUCAUUCCAGGGAUAAGCCCCAUAAGUGUCUGGUGUGUGGCAAGAGUUUCAUUCGCCGUUCACAGCUUACUUCCCAUGAAGGAAUCCACACCGGGGAGAAACCGUACAAAUGCCUGGUCUGCGGAAAGAGCUUUCAUCGGAGCUCCAACCUUACGUCUCAUCAAAGAAUCCACGCGGCUGAGAAACGUUACAAAUGCUCAGAAUGUAGCAAGAGCUUCUAUGAUAAAUCGCGCCUUCUUAUACACCAAAGAAUCCACACAGGAGAGAAACCGUAUCGGUGUCUUGAGUGUGGAAAGAACUUUAGGCAGCAUGCAAACCUUGCUUCUCAUCAAAGAAUGCACAGGGGAGAGAGAUCCUAUAACUGCAUGGAAUGCAGCAAGAGUUUCUAUGAUAAACACCACCUUCUCAUACACCAAAGAAUCCACACAGGGGAGAAACCCUAUCAGUGUUCAGAUUGUGGAAAGAGCUUCAGCCAGAGCUCAAGCCUGACUUCACACCAAAGAGUCCACACAGAAGAAAAGCCACAUCAGUGUAUGGAGUGUGGGAAGUGCUUCAGUCAGAGGAGGAAUCUCCUGAGACAUCAAAAAAUUCAUUCAAGAGAUAAGACUUAUCCAUGCUUGGAAUGUGGAAAGAGCUUUUAUGAUGACUGUAAGCUAAAGAGACACCAGGGGAGUCACUGUGCAGAGGGAAAACCCAUGUCUUGGAGCGUAGAAAUGGCUUCAGAUGGUGUGCCGGUCUUAUGCCCCCUCCAAGAAUUCAAACAGGAGGAGUGCUAUCGCCUUUCUGAGACUGACGUUCAAAGCUCUUGUGCAAUCAGGCCUUAUGAACACUAGGGAACAUUGGUGGAAAGGCUGUGGUAAUGCAUAGGAAGCCCACAUCUUAACGUAAGGCGAACCAAAUGCUAACGGCCCCUGAUGGCAGCUGCCUUGUCACCAGAGCAAGGACCCAAAUUUCUUGGUUUGGGAGGGGGAAUCUCUGACACCCUGUAAUGUCUGUUUUGUGCCUUUAAUGAAUCCAUUGUUACUUGCUGAAAGUUACCAGUCAGCCAUCCGGCAGAAUUUUGCUUUUGUUUCCCUUGUGCCUUAAAAUUCUUUGUCUGCAUUUCUAUUUCCCUACCAAGAUAAAUAGACUUGGUGAAGACCACUUUUGCUCAGAGGAGGAUUUUGUGUGCGCCACUUUUCCAAGUGAUGCUGCAUUAUUAAACAAGCUUAGCUGAUGA